AGUUCCUGAAUUGAUAGACUUCAAAACCAGUUUAAAAUAAGAUUGCAUUUAUUUGAUAACGUGAACAUUGAGUGCACAUUGUGCAUUUGACGAAUUAUAUCGACAGCUAAACAUUUUUAUAAAGUUUGCGAUACGGAAUUGAGAUUUUUAUUGGAAAAGAAUUAUGUUCCGCUUAACUCAGUUAUUGCGACAAUCCGUUGGUCGGGCUGCCUCCGUACGACAAAUCUCUGGAGGUAAUCAACUCUGCAGUAGUGCACAAAAUGUGGGAGCCAACUUACACAAAGUUAACAAUCUUGAGAAGCGAUUUUUGGUCUGGACCGGCAAGUACAAGGCUUUAGGAGAUGUUCCUGAUAUGGUCGCUGGUGAAGUUGUGGAAAAGGCUAGGAACAAAAUGCGAAUUCGCGUGGCAAAUGGAAUGAUGGGUAUUACAUUGAUUGCUUGCCUUGUAAUGUCAAUAAUGGGGAAGAGGGCCCAUGAUAAAGGAGAAUCAGUGCAGAAAGAAAAUCUAGAGUGGCACAAAUCACACAAGGAAGGUGCCAAAUAAGAGCCACUUAGUAAUAUCUAUUAUUAUAAUUAAAUUAUAACAAAUUACUCAUCAUAGUUGUAUCUAUAUAUUGCUAUUUUAUUUUCAACCAAUAGAAACAAUUAUCAAACA